GGCAGCAUGGCGGCACACAGCGCAGGUGUCUGGCCUGAAAUAGAAAAAGCAGAAAAAGAGAAAAGACGCGAGCUGGUUUUACAAGGAGCUUCAGUAGAUAAGAAGAUAGAAGGAAGUGGAGGUGUUCAUCCUAGCUUGUAUUCACUUACACUGCUGAACUAUCUGGAGAUCAGUCAGUGUGGGAGUUUACAUGAGCUACAUGAGGACGUUAAGAAUUUGUCUCAGCUUCAGAGUUUGAUCCUGUGCAGGAACAACAUCACUUCUGCACCCAAAACCAUCGGAGAACUUAAAUCACUCAAAGUACUGGAUCUGUCAGUAAAUAAUCUGCAGAAUUUACCAGAGGAGAUCUGUUGUCUAAAUGAGCUGACUACACUAAAUGUGAGCUGUAACAAAAUCUCAGCUCUGCCCGGUGGUUUAAACCGCUGUACUAAACUCUCCAGCAUCAAUGUGUGUAAAAAUGCUCUGAGUUUUCUUCCUGAUGAUCUGUUCUCCCCCAGCCUGGAACUGCUCAACACCAUCAUCGCAUCUGAGAACUGCAUAGAUCAUCUGAAUCCUGACAUCCACAACCUUCCUGCUCUCAAGGUUCUGGACAUGUCCAACAACAAGCUCAGUGAAAUUCCAUUUGAGCUGGCUGACUGUUCUAAACUAAAAGAAAUCAACUUCAAAGGGAACAGUCUAAAGGACAAGCGGCUGGAGAAGAUGGUGAACGGCUGCCAAACCAAGUCGGUCCUGGACUACCUCAGAGCGGGAGGCAGAGGAAAAGGAAAAGGUAAGCAGCAGGAUACGGAUGGUGCGGAGAGGAGCAAAGAGAAUCGAAACAUCUCUCAGAAAAAGAAUGCAAAAAAGAAGAAUAAAAAAGAGGAAGAAGAGGUGGAUGAGUUACAGAAGAUGGUUGUCAGGAUUCUUCACGUAUCUGAUGGUCCCUCUGCCGUUACGGUGACUGUGUCUGCUCAGGUGAAGGACGUGCGGCCGUUUAUAGUUUGCUGCAUCGUUAAAGGAAUGAAUCUGAAGCCAGGAAAUGCACUCAAGAGGUUUCUAGUGGUUCAGACCAAGCUUCAUGAUGAGAUUUGUGCUAAAAGGACAGCAGCUACCAUCGCUACUCAUGACCUGAGUGUGCUUAAGGCACCUUUACAGUAUGAUGCCAGAUCUCCUGAUGUACUGAGGAUAGUUCCUCUGGGACGGAAGGAGAUAAAAGCUGCUGAUCUCUUGAAGAUGCUCCAGCAAGAAGCAGAUGAACAGAGGAAACAGAAAAAACGCCAGAACGUGUCAGGCCUCCACAAGUAUCUUCAGCUGUUGGAUGGGAAAGAAAAUUACCCAUGCCUGCUUGAUGCUGAUGGUCAUGUGAUCUCAUUCCCUCCUAUUACAAACAGUGAAAGGACAAAGAUAAAAAAGACCACACGAGAACUGUUCCUGGAGGUGACAAGUUCAACCAGUCUGCAGAUCUGUAAGGAUGUCAUGGACAUGCUUAUUAUAAAAAUGGCAGAGCUGAAUAAGAUGACGUUUGACAACAAAGAAGAGGCUUGUUCAGAAGAGGAUACUGAAUCAGCUUCAGGUCCAGGGCUGGAGGAUUUAGCCUCAGCUGAGUUGACUGUGGUGCAGGUGAGGGUGGUAGACACAGAUGGCAAUCUGAAGGUCGUGUACCCAUCCAAAACUGACCUAACCUCUGACGUCAGCCACCUGAAUAUCAUCCGCUAACUAAUAAGUAAUUCCUGAAUGUGUCAAACAAGUGACUGUAAGCGGAAGACCAAUAUCAAUAAAUUCACCAAACACUGUUGUUGUUUACUUUCAAUUGUUUAUAAUUUUCUUAAAUAUGUUUAACUAUUAUUGAUAUACAAUUAUAUAAUCUAUCUUUCUUUUGUGUAUAAGCCACAGAGUUGUAUGUAUUGAUUUGUUUUUUUUAAACACUAUAUAGCCAAAACUAAGUGAAACUCCUGACCAUGAGCUUUGGGAAAUCCUUUUUUAAAACAUCCCAUUUAACCUGUCCAAGAUGAAUUCCUGCCUUGAUUCCAGUGUUCUUGGGUGGCACCAGACACACCCUGAUCAAAAUUAAGCCGAUUAAACCCCCCUCUGGACCUGUGUGGGUUUGGUGAAAAGAAAAAUAUUUGUUUUGACAGAAAAUUUUGUAAACCAGAUUUAAAUGGUUUUGCCGUUUUGUUUUUGGUUGUAGUGGCAGUGGUAGUUAAGGUCCUGGACUAGUAAUCAGAAGAUCUCUGGUUCUAGCCACUAGUGAACACUUGAAUAAGGCCCCUCAUUGCUUGGAUUGCAUUUGGUCGCAUUUGUAAGCCAUUUUGGGCAAAAGUGUCAGCAAUGUGUAAAAAAUCUACAUGUUUAAGAAAGCACAUAGUACAGCACUUUUGCAAGUGGAAUGUAAAUAAGACUCCUUGCUUAUUUCAAUGUUUAAUUACUUAUUUUUCUACUUUUUACUUUUUUUAAAUUCAUAAUCCUUGGUUCACACUAGUAAGUUGGUAAUGUUACUGAAGAAUUGUGUUCUGUGAUUGUAUAUCAGCCGCUAUUGUGAUUAGUUAGCAAAUGGGCAUGCAGUGACACGUUUUUUUAGAUUGUAAUAUAAAGUACUAGUGGCUAAAAUGUUUUACAUUUUUUCUUUAUUUCUUAUAUAUGUAUUCAAACAACUGUUAAAUGGUAAAUAAAUACUGAUAUGGUCUGAA